CCUCCAUUCUGCCGCUUUAAACACAAUAACUGUCUCUUCUCCGGAGCUGUGCACAAACUGGCUCCAGGUCAGCAGAGAUUUUUGCUUUUUCUCCGGUUUACAGGUCACAGAUCCGUCCUCGCUGCUGUGACCUCUGACCUGGACCUCUACCGUUGGUUCUGGCUAUGGUGAUGACGAAGACGAGCAUGAGGUGCAGACACGGCUCAACUGCACGUGUUGACGUGUGAAUGGAGGGCAAAGGUCGUCGCACCUGCAGCAUGCGCGUACGGAGAGAGAUGAGUCCUUGAAAGUCUUGGACUAUAAAGCAGAGAACCCUUUUGAAAUUCCUUGAAAUACAGAAUAAAAAUCAGGUUUAUUCAUUGGACUGUUGAAUUAAAAGUAUUGAAUACAGAACCUGGUGAAUGUAAAAUUGAGAACAAUGAACCACUGAAAUUUCACACAGAGGAUACAGUACUUUUCUAAUCUCCUGAAUUAACAACAAAGGACAUACAAUGUUUGGAAUUUCUGGUGCUAAAACCUAGGAUACAGAACUUCUGGAUAUCCUCGCAUUAAAAACAAAUGUUUUAUUGCAACGUGGAAUUUAAAAUUGCAGAAGGUUAGUUCAAGUUAAAGUUUAGACUUUAAACGUUAGAAUUUAUUUACUCACGGAAUUUAUCUGGAACUUUUUUUAAUUUUGGCGCAGCAUUUAAUUUUUUUCCAUCCAUUUUUUUGAGUUUUCAUCACACUCUGACUUUCAUCCUCCUCUCUGCCUGAGGACAUGGCUCUGUCUCCUUCGAUAGGAGAACGGACGACAGGAAGUUGACUCCUGCAGGGAGCGAGAGACAACCCAGGAGAGAGAGAAAAAGAGAGAGAGUGGGAAAUGUCGUGGAAGAGGAACUACUUUGCGUCAGGCAGUGGUGGAGGAGGCGGUGGAAACGUUGCCGGUGGCGGUGGUGGUGGUGGCGGCGGUGUUGGUGGUGGGAUGCAGGGAAUCUUGACGCCUCGCACUAUGACGUCCAUUGCUCCCAGUAAAGGGCUGAGCAACGAGCCAGGACAGAACAGCUGCUUCCUGAACAGCGCCCUGCAGGUUCUGUGGCACCUCGAUAUCUUCCGACGUAGUUUCCGUCAGCUGACGACUCAUAAGUGUAUGGAGGACUCGUGCAUUUUCUGUGCUCUGAAGAGUAUCUUCGCUCAGUUUCAGUACAGCAGUGAGAAAGUUUUACCAUCCGACGCUCUUCGCAGCGCGCUCGCCAAAACCUUCCAGGACGAGCAGAGGUUUCAGCUCGGCAUCAUGGAUGACGCUGCUGAGUGCUUCGAAAACCUCCUGAUGAGGAUUCACUUCCACAUUGCAGACGAGACCAAAGAAGACAUCUGCACAGCCAGACACUGCAUCCCCCACCAGAAGUUUGCCAUGACGCUCUUCGAACAGUGUGUGUGCAGCAGCUGUGGAGCGUCCUCAGACCCUCUGCCCUUCAUUCAGAUGGUCCACUACAUCUCCACCACCUCCCUGUGUAACCAGGCAGUGAAGAUGUUAGAAUCGAGGGAGAAAGCGACCCCUGGCAUGUUUGGAGAGCUGCUAAGAAAUGCAAGCAUGGGAGACCUGCGCAACUGUCCCAGUCAGUGUGGUCAGCAGCUCAGGAUGGCUCGUGUCCUCCUAAACAGUCCGGAGAUCAUCACCAUUGGUCUGGUUUGGGACUCUGAUCACUCAGACCUUGCUGAGGAUGUCAUUCACACCCUGGGGACUUGCCUGCGCCUCGGGGAUUUGUUUUACAGGGUGACGGAGGAGAAGGCUCGCCAGUCGGAGCUCUACCUGGUCGGCAUGGUGUGUUACUAUGGGAAACAUUAUUCCACCUUCUUCUUCCAGACAAAGAUCCGACGAUGGAUGUACUUCGAUGAUGCUCACGUCAAGGAGAUCGGUCCCAAGUGGAAGGACGUGGUUUCUCGCUGCAUCAAGGGCCACUACCAGCCUCUGCUGCUGCUGUACGCCGACCCACGGGGGACGCCGGUAUCCGUGCAGGACCUCCCCUCACGCUUCGACCUCCACCACCUCAACAAGGCCUGUUACGACAGCGAAGACUCGGGCCGCGAGCAGUCAAUCUCCAGCGACACUCGCACCGAUUCGUCGACGGAGAGCUACUCGUACCGACAGCCCUCCCACUCACACCAUGAGUCCCUGGCCAGUCACUACUCCUCUGACUCCCAGGGAACCGUCAUCUGCACUGAGCGCCCAGAAGGACCCCUGCAUGCCUCGCUCUGCAGCCUGGAUACCAUAGGCCACGUGACGGACAGUGAGCAGCACCAGUCUCUGAGGAAGGGAGGCGGGGAUAGGAGGCGGAGCUCUAGCCGCCACCGGCGAUCUAAACUCGACAACGAAGCCUCGUCGGCUGGUUACCACAGCGAGGGAGAGACGUUAAAGGAGCAGCAGGUUCCUCGUCACCUCCCCAAACCUUCCUCCUCCUUCUCAUCCUCAACCAGUCGCCUCCGAGACUUCAAGGAGACCAUGAGCAACAUCAUCCACAACCGACCCCUCUCCUCUUCUUCCUCCUCCUCUUUGCCGGCUGCCGUCCUCUCUGAAAUCACCUCCUCCACCAACAACCACCACCACCCUACCAACACCACCGCUCCCUGCUCCUCCUCCAAUAAACUGCAUGACUGGGAGGCCGACAGCACCAGCAGCGAGUCCAAGUCCAGCUGCUCGGGGGGAGCAGGUUCAGGGAGGUACCGGCCAGCAUGGAGGCCACGAAGAGAGGCGCUCAACAUCGACAGCAUCUUCAACCGUGAAAGGCGAAGACAGGCGGGUUACAGUCCGCUCGGAGCUUCCCUCCCCGACGACUGUAGCGUUCUGGCCUCUGAGGGAGCGGACGCCUCCCUCCCAGCACAGGAAGAGGUCAAGUCUGUCAGGCCGGGCUCCUCCUGGACUCUGCCCACCACCUCCAGCAGCCACAGAGGAUUUGGAGUUGGACCGGGAGGUGGAAGGGGAAGUGCAGGAGGUGCAGAACUGCCUCCUCCGCCUCCCCCUCCUCCCAGACUGAUUCAGAGGAUGGAGAGUGGAUACGAGAGCAGCGAGAGGAACAGCAGCAGCCCGGUCAGCCUGGACCUGAACCUGGGAGACAGGGAAUGUGUUGUGAAGAAGACUUCAUCCUCUUCCUCGUCCUCAGGACCGUCAUGGAGGAACAUUCGGUCGAAGAGCAGUGGAGCUUUGCUGCAGGACCUCAGCUCAUCCAAUAGGGGGAGCCUCGCGCCCCCUGCAGGCCGCAGCGAGCUGGACGAGCUGCAGGAGGAGGUGCAGAGGAGAGCAAGGGAGGAGGAGCAGCAGCGACGACAGGAGAAGGAGAGGGAGGCGGCGCUUGGGUUUAAUCCCCGACCAAGCAAGUACUUGGACCUUGACCAACUGCAGAUCCAGGGUAAAGGUGACAGCUUUGAGCGAUGCGUGUCAGAGGCGGAGCUUCUGCUGGACCAGUCUGUGCGUCUGGAGCAGGCGGGCGAGGUCGCUGCUGCACUGUCAGCGGUCAACGAAGCAGUCUCCAAACUGCAGCUGGUGGCGUCUGAGGGCGGAGCUAGUAGUCACAGCCGGCUGCAGCGCUGCAUGAGGAGAGCCCGCAGCCUGCAGCAACGCAUGCAACUGCAGCAGCCGCAGGAUUCAGAGGCAGGCAGACAGCAACCGCAGCAACCAGAGCAACAACAAGAGGAGGGGCAGCAGCUCCAGGAACAGCCCAGUGAAAAGCCUCUCUCGCUCCAAAUACUUCUGACGGGGAAGCAGGGCAACCAAUCAGCUGCCAGCCAGGACCAGCAGGCCCCACCUCUCUCUCCCCACCUUGUUAAGCCCCUCCCUCCCAAAACAAACUCAGUGUCUGACCCCGCCUCCAGCGCCGCAGCUCCUAUGGGUUCAUCCAGAGAGGACCACAAUCCGCGGGGCCCCUGCUCUCGCUUCGGGAAACCCCUCUCUAACACCAGGUCCCUUCCUGCCCUGUGUGUGGACACCUGGGAUCAGAGCCCCCUGGAAGACUUGGUUUCACCCCCUCCACCUGAGGAGGUAGACCAUCCCGCCCAGUGGACUAGAACAACACCCCCUGUCUCCAUCGCAGCACAGGCCCCGCCCCCACCCAGGCCGUAUUCCCAGACUCCUUCACCUGUUGGCACCAACGAUAGGUGUCAUCUGAUGAUGGAGGAGGAGCAAUUUUACACCAGACACCCACAGACCACGCCCCCUAUAUCUAACCCCACCUCCAGACUAGCCCCAUCCCCUUCUGGCUACCCGACCAGGAACUGGUCCUGCUUACACCUGGACCAACCUGAUCUUGUUGAUUCUUCCAUUGACCCACCAAUCAAAUCGCCGCUUUACUCACCCCCAGACUCCACAUCCAGCACCCCCCCACCUCCUGUGAGCCGACCAGUUCAAACCUCCUCCCCGCCCCCCAGCCAGGACUACAGAACGGCCCUCCCUGUGGAGCGUUGGGCGGAAAAUGUCAACAGAUACUACGGCUCCCAGAAUGCAACAGGAGGAGGGGCAGCAGCAGUGCCUGAUGAGGAGAUUUCGGAGCUGGACUCGCUAUACCAAGCCAGUCUGCUGGCUCCCAGCAUGCACCGGGGCAGCCGUGGAGUCAGUCCUCAGCCAACCAGCAACAAACCAGGUAGGACCUGCAGCAGCUCAGGGGUCCAGACCUCCAAAAAUGUGGGUGUGAGGAGAAUGCUGUCAGGAUCUGGACGGUCCAAAACACCAACGGCUGAGAUAGAGAGAUAUGCCUACAGAACGCCGGUCACACCACUUCAUAAGCCGCCGUCAGGUGAAGACGAGAGCUACACCGCAGAAAACCUGCGACGCAUCACCCGCAGCCUGAGUGGAACAGUCAUCGGGUCUCGACCCCAAAACCUCGGCCCCUCCCGUAGCUGUCCUGGAUUAGUUUCUGCUCCUCAUCCAGAUGGACAGCUCUUCUCUAGUUCUCCGGCUCUGAUAAUUGACCCCUCUGUGUCCAGGCCCCCCCUCAGACACGCCGACCUUCACUCCUCCUCCCUCCUCCGUCGCCCCAGCACCUCCUCUCUGCACCUUCCUUCCUCCACCUCCUUCACUACAGAUCCCUCCUACCUCCACCACCUCCAACACCAACACCACCUCCACCUCCAACCCCGACACCACGGCCCCUCAGCUCCUGCACCUCCUCCACAGCACCCCUCCUUGCAGACAUCACGGGCCCCGUGCUCAGGCCUCUCAUCCUGGGGAAACUCAGGACCUGGACCCAGCAUCCAGCAGCAGUUUUUGGUUGUGUCUGACGGGCAUCAAGCUCUCUCAGGUCAAAGCCUCCACAGCGUCGCGCUGAAUUACGGCACUCUGCCCCGGGCUCCUCGCCGAGCCCCGCCUCCCUCCUCCUCCACCACCUCCUCCCUUCCCAGGCCCAGAGCCGGCUCCAGCCCUGCCCUACCACCGGGUCCACAGAGUCUCUACGCCACCCUGUCCCACCCUCGCCGCUCUGCCAACUCCGCUACCACUAACGGGCACUACCGCCAACCAUCGCUGCCCAGUAAAGUCAACGGGUCGACCCUCUAUGCUCCACACCACUUCCGGGUGUCAGGGGAGGGGCCCCCCCAGCCGCUCCGCCUGGAUGUGCCCCCUGAGAGCGACUGGCGGCGUGACUCCGACUACAGGACUCUCCAACCCAGCUCCUCCCGGGACCCCCGCACUGUUCGCCAACCCCGGACCCUUCAGCGAACCAACCAGCUUCCCCCGGCCCGGCCCCGCAGGGACCCCCAGCUCUGCUCACUCUGCCAGCAACUUCCUGCUGAGCCGUCACGCCCCUACUGCCCGUCCUGUGGAGCUUACGUGGCUCGGUUCCGGCCAGCCAGCUGAUCGGGCCCGAGGUUCAAGUAAAGGAGAAUGACCAACCCCCCCCAUCUGACCCCCCACUUUAAUUAUUGCUACUGCAGAUGCCACAAUAGAAGAGUCCAGAAGUGUCAUAUCCACCGUUACAACAGUGACGUUUCUCCUUUGUGUUUAAAAUGUGCCAACGUGUGUUUAAACUCAGUGCUGCCAACAGCCUUCGUCUUCAUGCUGGUGGAUAUCUCACUCUGGAAUGAAACUCUCUGAUUGGCCUCGUGGUCUGCAGGAAACAAACAAAGAUCGUCUCGCAGGAAUCUGCCACUUUAACGUCUCAUCUUCACAGCAUCACUCUGCAUGUUUGGUUCCCAGCUCGUCUCUCCUGGUCCUCCUCAGUCUGGACGCCCGCCACACAAGAUAAUCCCACAGACAGAGCUCCUAAACAGUCUAUGAAUGUCUGCUGAAUUUAAACACAUUUAGAUUUCUAAUCAAGACAAAGCACCAUGAUACCGACCAGGAUCACAAGACAGAAGCUGGCAGGUAGCAGAGGACACUGCUGCUGACCUGCUGUCUGUUCAACUGUUCAGUUCAAAAACUGAGAAAGAACAGAUACAUCAAUAAUCAAUAAAUGAGUAGGAAACUUUUUCUUCAUCCACUUGCUGUCAGAUUUUUAAACAACAGAAGCAACAAAACAAACCAGAGCAGCAAAUAUGUUGACUGAAUUAAUAUAAAACCCACCCUUGAUGGUCUCUGAGCAGAAGAAACUCUGCAUCUGUUUUAUUAAUCAGUUAAUUGUUUUAAGUUAUUUUUCAAGCAAAAACAUUUCUUUGUUCUCACAAGAAAAUUUGCCACUUUUUUUGUCUUAAUGAUCGUAAACUGAAUCUCUGAGUUUUGGACACAUGAAGACGUCACCUACUGUUUCAGGAUGUUGUUCCUCGUUUUCAUCAUCAGUUAAUCGUUCGGUUUAUAAAAUACCAGAAAGCAAUCUGUGUUUUGCAGCGUAAUGUGACUGGAGAAAGUCUCAGUUUGGUUUGUCCUCAUCUGUUUAAACGUUUAGUCAGCUGAAACAUUUCUGCUGAGUCACAUCUCACCUGUGGGGAUUUAUCUCUCAGUCUCAGAAAUCAAAGAGGAAUUAGGUUUGACUUGUUGAAACUGUAAAUUGCUUCCACAGAAUAAUAUUUACUACUUUGCUCUCUCAAAGUUUAUACUCAUAAUUCAUUUAUUUAAACAUAUUUCCUCUUAUGUGAUUUAAAAUGUCAACAUUUAUUUUGAAAGAAAAAAAUAAUAAUUUACUUUAAAUAUAGCCACAAGCAGCCAUUCCAGGUUCAGCCCUUCAGGGCUGGAGUUAUGUUACCAUCAAGACAGAAAAUAUGAUGAGUGCAUCAGAACCAAGAUACCAACCAAAGUGUGGAAUGUUUGUUGAUUCUGUGGCAGCAGUUUCUGGAUUGUGUAGGGCUGCAACUAACACUUUCAUAUUGAUUCAUCUCAAAUUUCUCAAUGAAUUGGUUUAUUGUUAAAAAUGGUGAGAGCCUGAGGUUUAUCUGAACCAACAGUCCAAAGCACAAAGAUAUUCAGUUUACUGUCAGGGACAACAAGCCAAUCUAGAGUGCUGCAGGAAUGAGUCCUAAAACCCAGAACUGAGUUAGCAUUUUUGCACGUCUGGUUCCCUCUAACCUUUUUUGGUUAGAUGCUUGAAAUAAUGUCUGUGGUUAACACAAGCUUCAGAGAUGUUUAUGUUUUGUUCUCCAAUAUAAAAUACAUCAGUAAAUACCCCAGCUGUGAACGCUUCCGUGUCUUAAAGGCGGUUGCUAACAGUUGGCUAAAUGAGACUACAGAGGUUGUCUGUGACACUAAACGACAGCACAGCGACCACUUCAAGUUGUUGGUUUGUUGAUAGCCUAACGUUAGCUUUUUACUUCUGCCGAUCGCAUUUACACUUCAAAAAGUUUGUUUUCCACAGAGUUUAUUUUCUGCAAUGAUCCAAAAUCCAAUGGAAAAAUCCCACUGGCUUUUUGUAGAAGGAACCAGGACGAUGCUAACUGGGUUGGCCUACAAAAAUACGUCCUCCCUGCAGCUCUCUAUUCACCGUUUGUGACGCUCAAAGUCACUUUCUGACAUUUUUAAAUGAUUAAGUAAUUAUAAAUAAGAUAGUGGCCAAUUGGAGUUGCAGAUAACUGAGGAGUGGCUUCAGCUUUAGUUUCUGACAGCAGGUGGGAGAAGAGGCAGUCGGUUUCAGAACCUUCAGUUUGACUGGGUGUGUGUGUGUGUGUGUGUGUGUGUUUGUGAUGUUUUGAGUGAACAGACGGCAGCUGAAUCUAAACAGGAAAUGAAGGACGUCGAGACGCGACAGAGAAGAAGCUAUUCUGCUGUUUGUCUCAGACUUUGAAUAUAAAUCUACUCUACUUAUUGCUCUAUUUAUUUUUGUAGGCUUGUCAGACUGAGUUGUGCAUAGAUUAACUAAACUAUUCUACCAGAAUAUACUCUACUAUAGACCUGAUCUAAUUUUCUAAAUAGUUAGUCGCCUUGUUUGGGAUGUGGAGCCUUCUUAUAUUGUACACGAGGCAGCGCAUUAGAGUAAUAACUAAAGCUUUUAUUUUGACAGAGUUGCAGCUAAUAUUUAGCAUGAUGUUUUCAGACGUAUUAUAGCCUUGAGACUUUGGUGUACAUUUACUGUCAUGAUGAUAUAUGCAGAUCUUUUUUAGUGCACUUCAGAAGUGUUGACGGUAGAUUUCUUUUUGUGCUCAUUGCUGAUUUCCUUUGACAUCUCCGCCGUUGUUCAGGGAGAAGCUUCUCGCUUUUCGACUUUAGAUCAGUUUCAUAGAUUUUGAGGGAACACCUUAAAAACCAGAAUGCUGUUUGAUAACAGACCUCUCCUACUGCCAAGAACCCAGUACUGACCCCGCCCAUCUGGUGCUCCAGGUGAGCUAAAAUAAAAAAACCCAAGUCUGGUCUGAAGUCAAACAUUUAUUUUAAAUCCUUUCAAGAUAUUGAUCAUUACAAUAACCAAUUUUUCACUUAAGUACUAAAGAGCUAAAUAGGAAUUGAUCAUUUCAUCUGGAUUUAGCUUUGAUGUCGCUCAAACUGAGGCCUCAAAAACCAAAACUCAUCUGUUCUUUUCAGAAUAAAAUCAGAAUUUCAUUUAAGGCUUAGGUUUGUCCGUUCAGACCAGGCCUGAGUUCAGAAUAACACAAAGUGUCAAUGAUUCAAAUGAAGAGAAGUUAUUUUUUCAUCAUGUCAAAGUAGUUUUUUGGCUUUUUGCUUCGCCAGAUUUUAUUUUGUUGAUUUUGGUAUAUUUUUGAUGCUUAUUUUUCUACACAGUAGACUUAACAGAGAUGAUGAUUAAAAUGUUUAAAGGAAAA